AUGAAAAUAAAUAGAAAACGUAAAAAUGAAAAGGAUGUAGAAGAAUUAGAACAAAGUAAAAAGAAUUUAAAAAUAGAUCAUAAUAAAGGAAUUCAUAAAAAAAAAGUUACAGAUAAAUCUAAAACGAAUAAUGAUAAACAAAAUCCUCAAAAGAAAAAUGAUAAAGAUAGUAAGCAACCGUCUAAAAAUAUAGAUAUUCCUAAGACGGGUAAUAGCAAAAGUCAUCAAAUAAAAUCAAAUAAUGAAUCUUUUAAAAAGAAUUCAAAAAAAAAUACGGCUGAUUCGAAUUUGAUCGAAUUCCGGAAAGAGUUACCAAUUUGGCAAGAGCGGAAUAAUUUGGUACAAGAAUUAAAAGAGAAUGAUACUAUUAUUAUUAUGGGAGAAAUGGGUAGCGGAAAAAGCACUCAAACACCACAAUUUCUGGUUGAAGCUGGUUUGAUUACAUUAAAAAAAGGAAUUAUAGCUAUAUCUCAACCAAGACGUGUUGCCGCUAUAAGCUUAGCUAGUAGGGUAUCACAUGAAUUUGGUACAAAAUUAGGACAAAAGGUUGGAUACUCGGUACGAUUUGAUGAUAAAACAUCGCAUUCUACAUUAAUGAAGUACUUAACGGAUGGAAUGUUAUUAAGAGAAUUAUUAUCAGAUCCAUUAUUAUUAAAAUAUUCAACUGUAAUAUUAGAUGAAGCACAUGAAAGGACAAUGCGUACAGAUAUUCUUUUUGCCAUGGUUAAAAAGGCUCAAGAAACUAGAAAAAAUUCAAUCAACCAAAAAGGCAAAAAGUAUGAACAUUUAAAAAUCAUUAUUAUGAGUGCUACACUUGAUGCUGCGAAGCAAUUUCCUGUUACAAUUAAUUAUUCAUCGGAACCACAAUCCGAUUAUUUGGAUGCUGCUUUAACGACCACAAUGCAAAUUCACAUGGAUCAACCUAAGGGUGAUAUCUUGGUAUUUUUACCUGGUCAAGAAGAUAUUGAAAUUCUUGAAAAAUUGAUUAAUGAUUAUGGUACUUCACUUCCCCCGGAUAAAUUAAAGGUUAUUACGUGUUUGUUGUUUGCCGCUUUGCCUACAGAACAGCAGACCAAGGUAUUUAAUCUCGCACCACCUGGAACUCGUAAAAUAAUACUUGCAACGAAUAUAGCAGAGACUUCAAUUACAAUUAGAGGCGUAAGAUAUGUCGUUGAUACCGGAAAAUGCAAAAUACGUAAAUUUAAUGCAAAAAUUGGUAUGGAAAGUUUAUCGAUAGAAAAUGUUUCAAAAAAUUCAGCAGACCAAAGGUUGGGAAGAGCUGGUCGUGAGGCACCAGGAAUUUGUUAUCGCCUUUUUACGGAAGACGAAUAUAAUAAAAUGGAAAAGGACACCGAACCUGAGAUCAAGAGAUGUAACCUUUCAUCAGUUAUCUUAUUACUAAAAGCAUUAGAAAUAGAUGAUGUAUUAGGAUUUGAUUAUAUGGAUGCACCGUCAAGAACUUUAUUAAAAAAAGCUUUGGAACAUCUAUACAUUCUUAAAGCUCUUAAUAAUCAAGGAAAAAUAACAGAGCUUGGUAAAAAAAUGGCAGAAUUUCCGCUUGAACCAUCUUACGCAAGAGUUCUUAUAGCAUCACAGGAACUGUCAUGUACACGUGAAGCAAUCGAGAUCGUUUCAUUACUUUCAGUAGAUUCAAUAUUUUUUUCACCACAAGAUCAAAGAGAACACGCAAGUGAUGCGAAAAAGAAAUUUAUGUCACCAUUCGGAGAUUUAAUUACAUUUCUUAACGUAUUGAGAUCAUACGAAACACAAAAAGGAAAUUCUGAAUGGUGCUACCAAAAUUUUAUUAAUAGGCGUAACAUGAAACAUGUAAUUGACGUGAGAAAACAAUUAAUUCAAUUAUGCACAAGAAUGGGGAUACCAACUAAUAGCUCUUGUGGAAACGAAUAUGAAAUAGUUUUAAAAUGUAUGUUAUGUGGAUUUUUUCGUAAUUCUGCUAUAUUACAACCUACAAACAAUUACAGGACCGUUUUUAGUAAUCAGAGCGUGAAUAUCCAUCCAUCUUCUACCUUAUUUAACAAAAAAUUGGAAGCGGUCAUGUAUACUGAAUUGGUGUUGACCUCGAAACCUUACAUGAAACACGUAUCUGCAAUUCAAAGUAAUUGGCUAUAUGAUACCGCACCAAAUAUUCAAGAAUAA